GUGAAAGUCUAACCCCAAAUCCAAGUCAUCAACUCAGAAUCACCAAAACCUUCGAUAUUGCCAACAUCCGAAGCCAUGUUCUUCUUCGAACACUGUCAUGUAUGUUAUGAGGCUAUUAUAUGGGCAAUAGUUGGUUGGACCUUUGGUGGCAUCUAGAUGGAACUGGUAGAAGAUGGAGGGACUGUGGGUCAUAAAUUUACACAAAGGGAGCGACUUGAACUGAAUUGACUCAAUGAACGCGCUCAUUGUACCAACUACCCACACUUGCAAAACACAAGCAUCAUUGAACACGAUACCAUAUUGCAAAUUGUGUCGAUACAAACCCAUUGGUUUUCGUUUGCGAUUUUCUUUAUCUCUUCAAAAUUGCGAAACUUCUUCAAAAUCUUCCCCCAAAACGCAUUUUUGAAGAAAAAAUCAUCUCGCUUUUACAGUCAUGUAAUACCCCAAAUCAUAUCCUGCAAGUUCAGUCUCUCAUAACCACACAUGGGUUUGAGCAGAAUCAAUAUAUCACACCAAGACUCGUGUCUGCGUGGGCUGAGCUCAAGAACAUGGCUCAUGCACGCCGUGUGUUCGACCAAAUUCCUGACCGUAAUAUUGCCCCAUGGAAUGCCAUGUUCAAAGGCUAUAUCGGAAAUAAGAUGUAUGUGGAUGCACUGCUUUUGUUUGGCCACAUGAUAAAUAUUAAUGUGAAACCUGAUUACUUUAUAAUUCCCAUGGUUCUGAAAUCUUGUGUGAACCUAUUGGCUCUGAGAGAUGGAGAAAGAGUGCACUGCUUUGUGGUAAAGAUUGGAUUUAAGUCGAAUCCGUAUGUUGGGACGACCUUGAUUGAUAUGUAUUGCAGUGGGGGUAUGAUUGGCUAUGCAUACAAGGUUUUUAGUGAAAUUGGUUCAAGGAAUGUGGUUACUUGGACAUCAAUGAUUCGUGGGUACAUUUCAUGCGGGGAUGUAAGUUUUGCAAGGCAACUGUUUGAUUUAGCCCCGGACCGUGACAUUGUAAUAUGGAAUACUAUGGUUUCUGGUUAUAUAGAAUGUGGUGACAUGGGUGCAGCUAGGAAGCUGUUUGAUGUCAUGCCUAAUCGUGAUUUGAUGUCGUGGAAUACUUUACUGAAUGGGUAUGCAAAUAAUGGGGAUUUGGAGGGAUGUGAGAAACUAUUUAAAGAGAUGCCUGAGAGAAAUUUCUUUUCCUGGAAUGGAUUGAUUGGUGGAUAUGCUCAUAAUGAUAGGUUCAUGGAAGUUCUUGAUGCCUUCAAAAUGAUGCUAAAUGAGUCGGAUGUGCAGCCUAAUGAUGCUACACUAGUAAGUGUGUUGUCUGCUUGCUCAAAGCUGGGAGCUCUUGAAUUGGGUAAGUGGGUGCAUGUAUAUGCAACAAACAGUGGGUAUAAAGGGAAUGCCUAUGUAGAAAACAGUUUGAUUGACAUGUAUGCAAAAUGUGGUGUGAUAACAAGUGCAGUUGAUGUAUUCAUGGGAAUGAGUAGAAAAGAUGUUAUUUCGUGGAAUACCAUUAUUAAUGGAUUAGCUAUGCAUGGUCAUGGAUUUGAUGCCUUGAGAAUUUUCCAUGAGAUGAAGAGGGCCAAACAGAAACCAGACGGUAUCACGUUUAUAGGUGUCAUAUGUGCUUGUUCUCAUAUGGGCUUAGUUAAAGAUGGAUUUAACUAUUUUUACUCCAUGGUAGAUGAAUACUCGAUAAUGCCUCAAAUAGAGCAUUAUGGUUGUAUGGUGGAUUUACUAGCCCGAGCUGGUCUGAUAGAAGAAGCCGUUGAAUUCGUUAAGAAAAUGCCAGUAAAACCAGAUAAUGUGAUAUGGACCAACUUAUUAGGGGCAUGCAGAAGUUACAAAAACAUCAACGUAGCGGAGGUGUGCCUUGAACGCCUUAUUGAGCUUGAACCAGAGAACCCGUCGAACUAUGUGAUGUUGUCAAAUAUAUAUGGAGAAGGUGGUAGAUGGGAUGACGUGGCUCGGUCAAAAGUUGCAAUGAGGAACACAGGGGGGAAAAAGUUGCCAGGGUGCAGCUUGAUCGAGGUGGAUGAUGGAGUGGUGGAGUUCUAUGCCUUUGAUGAGAGGCAUGCCAAGACGGAAGAAAUAUAUACUGUGUUGAGAGGGUUGAUGAAAGAAGCCCAUAAACAACAUUAAUUAUUAAGGAUUGUAUGUAAUGUAGCCCAGCUUCUGUGGUUAUAUAUUACGAUUAGAUUUCUCAAAGAUAACCAUACCAUUACCAUUACCAUUACCAUAUUUUUUAUGACAAAAUUAUUCUCAAAUGUUUUUAUCCAUCUCUCUCUCACUUGUAAUUCGAGGAU